AUGCUUAAGGAAGAUUAUGGUUACCCAGAUACUCUUGACUUUAGUGACAGAUAUAAAGAAGCUAUUAGAAAGUUCAAGGAAGGAAAUACUGACCCGAACCUAUUUAGCUUUAUGGUUGAGCAUCAAAUCGGAUAUAAUCUCAAACCUGGAAAAUACAAGCUCGCUAAGGGAUAUGAUUUAAUAGCAUAUCAUCCAAAUGACAUGAAUGAAUUUACUCCGAGAUAUUUGAUGUCAGAGCUAAAUGAUAAUUCAACUCUCUUCAUGAAACGCGUAAAAAAUAGAGACGGAACGAAAGAAGAAAGGUUUAUGAGUCCGGAUGACUUAGAUAGGGAACUUGUUAAAAACGGUCUCGGAAUAUAUGAAAUGCCAGCAGAUGAGGUACAAGAAACUCCACAGGAAGAAGUUCAGAUACAACCAGACAUGGAAGAAAUAGUUCAGCAACAACAGCUAGAAGAGCCUGAAGGAAACGAACAAGUCCCUCCUUUGGAAACUAACUUCACAGAACUAGAUGAAGAUUUGGAACAGCCGAAAAAUCUUGACCCUCAACAAGAGUAUGAGGUGAAUAUGGAAUCUUUCCAAGAGUCUAAGAAAAAUUCGGCUGACAUAGUAGAAGAAUAUCGAAAAAUGUUCACCGACAUACAAAAGACUCCAACAUCAGAUGAAAAUAUUCAGCAUAGAAUGGAAGUACUGAAAGAAAAUGUACGCAAAUACAAUAAUCCUUUUUACUUACGACCAUAUAACGUUCAAUCUUUGGCUGAACUCGGUGAAAAUAAAAGGUUAAAUUUCAACAAAACAUAUAGAAAUGAAACAUUGUUUAAAGUUCAUUCAGAACCUAACCAAUAUGGAAACAAACCUACUUUUGUUUCUGCAGACUAUGGAACUACAAUGAAAUGGGGUCAUAAAGCUAAUCCGGAUAGGUGGUUCAUAAACUUACAACCUCAAUUCCAAGAAGUUGUAGACGCAAU